AUGUCAGAUUUAGUAGAAAAUUUUAGUAAAAGAAUUAUAGAAUAGUAGUAUUAGGUGCUUUCAGAUAACCCUGAGCUAAAGGAAAACAUCUUGCUUAUUGAAAAUUACUACACGAACAUCUAGUUUGAAUUCUGCAAUAUAAAUAUUUUUGCACUUAAAAAAAUAAUUAAAUGGAAUUUAAAAAGCUUAAGGUCAAUAAAAAUUAACAGAUGCAUAUUUCAUUUAUCAGAUGGAGAUGCAAACGAAUUUAAAAACCCUGUAAGUAAUGGUCGUAUGCUCUAAGAGAUUGAUUUCGUCUAUUUGAUUCAGACAUUUCAAUUCUUUGAUAUUGAAGAGAUAGAGUUAAAUUUGACCAAAGAAUAGUAAAUAAAAUUUAUUAAUGAAUAAUAUGCUUAAAAGGUUUAAUUGAAAGACAUCAGAGAUAAAAAAAUUGUCCUUCCAUAAUUAGUAGAGCUUGUCCCAGCAUCAUCAUAAGUAUAAAUAGAAAUGAACUAAGGACACGAAGUUAUCAAUUUCGAAGCUGAUAAAGAAAAAGAGCAUCAUCAUCAUCACUACACAGAAAAUACAAUGUCAGAGCAAGAUUUAAUUGAAUAAUUUGGUUGUGAAAAGGAAUGCAGACUAAUUAAUUAUGAGUAGAUAGAAAAACCUUCAUUCAUCAAAUCUUUUCAACAUGGUGACUAAAAAAAAUUUGCUUAAGAUUUAAUUUGGGGAGAUUUGAUAAAUCCUUUAAAAAUGGAUGACUAAUUAAACAUUAACAAAAUCUCAGAGAUUUAGUAAAACUUAAGUUUCUAUAAAACUUACACAAAGUAUGCUUUGAUGGAUAAUAAGUUAUUGAUUUUGGGUGAUGUGCUAUACAACAAUGUUUCUCAAUAAUAACUAUAUAAUUUAAUUUAGCUGAAUUACAUGAGCAUAAAUAGUAUCAUUUUCAAAGAUACUGGUAGAAUUCCAAGUAAAUCAUUUAGCGAUUUGAUGAAUCAGCUUUUUAUUAUAGAGAAAAUUGAUGAAAUUUCAUUUUUAGCUUCAGUAGUAGAAGAAGAAAGUUUCAAAGACUUGCAAUAUUUGAUUGGAUCUAAAAAAGUUUAAUUUAUGAUAAUCUAUAGAUCUCAUUUCCUUGCUUCAGAAAUUUAUCACCUCUUUUAAAUGCAUGCAACAAAAAAAACUCCCUUGAUGCAUGAUGUUAACAUCAAUCAUUAUAGAUAUACCAUAUUGGAUCUAUUUUCUAAAACUUAUUACGAAUUUACUCCUUAUGCUUUCUAAUCAAGUUUUGCUUCAGACUUUUUAAGUAAAUCUGAACUAGAAAAAAUCAUCACUAACAAUUAAGAUAACUUUUAGACAGCUAUAGAAUAUAAUAGAGCUUACUCUUAAAUGAUGGAAGCUGAAAAGCUUUAUGAGCGUUAGCAAGAUUAUCCAAAACUUAUUUAUAAUAGAAUUAUAUUUUACCAAGGAAAAAACCUUUCGAUUAUCGGCAAGAAUGUUAGUGAAAAAAUACUAUUUAAGUACUGGAUAUUUGUAAAGAAAGCGAAUAGCAAAUAAGAAAUUGAUUAAAUAAAAAAGGCCAAGCUUGAUAUAAAAUAAGAUGAGUUAAUAAAUGACUUGGAUAAAUUUAUUAAUCAAGAUGACUUAAAUGUUGUAAAUUGUAGCUUAAUAAAUAUUUUGAUAGGAUUUAUUUAGGAAAAAGAAUUAAAAAUUGAGUAUUAGCAACUAUACAGGCAAUAAAAGUCAUACAAAAUUCUCUAAAGCAAGUAUCCUAUUAGCAUCGUUGAGAAUAUUAGAUACAGUUAAAAAUAUUAUUUGCAAACAGCUGUUGCAUAUUUAAGGGGUUUUACAAAGAUCAAAGGACAGUCAUUGUAUUUUUUCAUCAACAAUGAUGAACUGCACAGAUCACUCUGUGAAAAUAGAUGGGAUUUUUCUAAUUUUGAAACUGAAGAAUAUUCUUUAAUUAUUAAGGAAUCAGUAAAAAUAGGAUUAAAUGCUUAGCUAGUUGGGAAUUUAACUUAAAUCAUUGAUUUUAAUAAAUUAACUCAUUUAAAUUUAGAUGGAAUCCGUGAAAACACCACAUACUCUUAUUUAUCUGAUGUGUUUUAAGCAGCUAUAAAUUUGAGGGUACUUACAAUGAGAGAAUGCUUGCUUAAUAUGAAAAAAAUCAGUUCAAUUAAUUUUGGCUUAGUUUCCAAGGAGCUUCAAGAAUUAGAUUUAUCUAAAAACAGAGAAAUUGAUGAUUUUUCGCUUCUCAACAAUAUUAUGGCAAAGGCUACCUUUCUAAAGAAACUUGCUCUAUAAGAUAUGUAAAUAAACUAAUCAAGAUUAAAGAAUGUGAAUUUUUCUUUGCUCAGCAAAUCUUUGGAAAAUCUUAAUUUAAGUAAUAACAAUCUAACAGACUGCAUAGAAAUAGUUGCUUCUUUGAUUACCGAGACUUCUUCUUUAAAAAUAAUCAACUUGGCUUAGUGCUAGCUUACCAAUCAUCAUUUGAAGAAAAUCAAGUUUCCUGUUUCAAUAGAAUAUUUAAAUAUAAGUUAAAAUUACAAUUUAGAAUUUGGGGAUUUUAUUGAUAUUCUUCCUACAAUAAAUCAACCGAAUUUGACUUAUUUGGAGCUCAAAGAUUUAAACAUCAAUUUGAAAAGCGAGAAAUCCCAAACGUAAAUUAAACAAAGUUAGUCAUCUUUGAACAACAUAGAGGAAGGUGAUAUAGCUACUCACUCUUAAAAUAAUUCUUAAAUUCAUUCUAAUCAUCCUUCGAAUCCUUCUAUUGUAUUGAAGCAUUCUUCUUCUAGUGAAAAAUAUAUGAAAAUUGAAGAAAUAAUUUUUCAUCAAAAUAAAAUCUCAGAGGUGUCGAAGGUGAAUGAAAUACUGAUCAUUUGCAAAAAUAUGAAAAAAUUUACGAUUUCUUAUUAAGAGAUAGAUGAUUAGCAGAUUAGCUUAUUGAAACUUGAUCACUUGUAUGAUAAGUUGAUCAAAAUUGACAUUUCAAAUAAUUAUUAAAUAAAGAAAUGUGAUUUUUUAAAUAAAUUGUUUGAAUAGCUUGUCAAUUUGAAGUAAUUCAUCAUGAGAUAUUGCUCUUUAACAUAAGAAAAAAUAAAAAAUGUUAAUUUUUCUUUGAUAAGUGAGGGACUUGAAGAAUUUGACUUGUCUGGAAACCCUGAUAUUUCUAACUUAGGUUUACUCAAUGAUUUGAUGAAGAAAUGCUAAAAACUUAAAAUAUUGAGUCUUGAUUAAAUGAAAUUGACUGAUGAAAAGUUAAAAAAUGUAGACUUUUCAUUAAUAAGUCCUUUCCUUGAAAAGGUAAGCUUAUCGAGUAAUGAUAACAGUGGUUAGCUGACCCGUUUUUACUUUUUGAAUGAAAUUAUGAGGAAAGCAAAAACUUUAAAAAUAAUAAAUUUGCAAGGAAUAACUUUAAACGAAGUUUAGAUAGAUAAUAUUUCAUUUGAUAACGUUUCUCCAGAAUUAGAGAUUUUUAGAAUUUAAGAAGGAAAUGAAGGAAACAAAAGGAGUUUAACAGAUUGGCUGAUAAAGAAGCUAAAUAGAUAUCUAAAUAUUUAUCGCUUUUAAAAACGCCAUGCUAAUGCAGAUUUAUUUCCUUAUCUUAAUUAUUUUGGUAUCUGCUAAUCAUUCAAUCUUACUUAGUACAGAAUGUCAAAGGAAGAGAUUAACUUUAAGCAUAACAAAACAAUCAAAGAAGAAGAUAAGUAAGAAAAUAAGACCUAGUAGGUUAUACCAUUAUCGCUUACAAAUAUAGUCCACAUUGACUUAUUUAUCAAAUAAAAAUAAGAGAAAAGAAUGAGUCUACUAAACUAGAGCAUUCAGCAAAAAAAAUAACAAUAUACUUUCAACCAAGAAUAGAGAAUUCACCUUAGUGAGGCAGUUAACAUAUUUUAUUUUUAUUCUUUUUUCAAGAAAUUUGAGUAGAUGAUAAACUAAGAAAACAGCCUUGUUAAGUAAGGGAAGGAGGAAAAUGAAUCUGAUUCUAGUCCAAAACCACAAAUUAAAUCAAAAGAAUAGUGGAACUUUUUUUUUGACUAAGUAAUUGAGGAUUAAAACGUGUAUAUCGAUGUCAAAUAUCUUUUACUUCAUUACAUUAAUGAUAAAAAAAUGUUAGAACAAUUAAAUUUAGAUUUAGAUACUCUCGAGCCUGAAAAUCUAAUACAGUUUAUAAAAGUACUAGAUUUAAGUAAUAGGAAGUAUUUUUAAAAUGCUUUUAUUAUUUUCACCUUCACAAAAUGCAAAUUAAUUCAAAAAAUGUGCUUGCAAAAGAUGUAGUUGCAGGUAUAAGAAUUUUUUGAAUAGGUUAUGUUCGAAGAAUAAAUGCAUAUUCAUUUAUGUAGUUUUGAAAUGUUAGAAGAAGUGAACUUAUCAGAUAAUUAAGUGAAUUUAUCUAAAUUAAUAAAUGCAAUUUUGUUGAAUGCUCCUCAUUUAAAAAUAUUGAAUCUUUCUAACAGCAAUCUAAACAACAAUACUAUGUUUAAAGUAGAUCUUCUUCCAAUAUCAUUAAUUGAUCUUAAUUUAUCUAAUAAUUAGAACUUCCAAAGCAUAGCAUUUUUGAAUAAUAUAUUUAAAAUAUGCACAAAGCUAAAAAACUUAAAUCUUUCCAAUAUGAAUUUAGAUGAUAAAAAAUUUGAAGAGGUUCACUUUAAUGAAAUAAGUUCUGAAUUAGAAAUUCUAAACUUAUCUGAUAAUAAUCAAAAACAAGUUGCUGGUCAUAUUUUAUCCAGUAUUUUUACGAAAUGCAAAAAACUUCAAAUUGUGAAUGUCUCUAAUUUUGGAAUUCAUCAUAAUUAUAUUAAGCAAAACCUAAUUAAAUUUUCUGAGCUUUCAUCUCAUUUAAGAGAAAUAAAUCUAUCUAGGAACUCAAUUGUGUAUUUCAUGGGAUUUUUAACAAGUAUAUUCAAAGCAUCGCCUCAUUUAGAAAAAUUAGAUUUAAGUUACUAACAACACAUAAAUUCUUAUCAGUCAGAGCCUGUAAAUAUUCCAGCGAAUAAGCUAAAGUAUCUGAAUAUCAGCGGAAAUUUGGUUCACGAUAGCUUUUAAUAUGCUCCUGAAAUAAUUACUUAAAGUUCUUGCUUUGUGGGAUUAUUAGUAUAGGAUUUCAAUUUAAAUUACCAACGUUUAAACUCUCUUUUUGAUGAAAAAGUAACAGAAAAAAUUGAAGAACUUGAUAUAUCUAACAAUAAUGUUAUAACAGAUUUGACAAAUUUAAAUUAGUUAAAUAAAAAGGCAGAAUUUAAAAGUUUGAUUGCUAGAAAUACUUGUUUAAAUAAUUAUUUAAUCAGCUAGCUAGACAAACAAGCUAUAUUUACUAAUUUACAGAAACUGGAUUUUGCUUACAACUUAAGCAUAUUAGAUUAUAGCUUUUUUAACGACUUAUUCAAGAUAGCAAUAAAUCUAAAAAGCUUAAAUAUAUCGUAUAUGUAGGCCACUUAAGAAAUGAUAGGUCAAAUAGAUUUUUCCUAGACACCUUUAACGUUAGAAAAUUUUGAUAUAAGUGGAAAUGAGUUCAUAAAUAAUUUCGAAUUCUUAAACAAAAUGUUUGAAAGAACAAAAAAAACUCUUAAAAAUUUAUACAUGUCACAAAUGAAUCUAGAUGAGAAACAAUUAUAAAAUAUUAACUUUGAAAUAUUGGUGGAAUCAAUUGAGUAUAUUGACUUUUCGAAGAAUCCAAAUUUAAAACAGAUAGAUUUCAUGCUUAAAUUUUUUAACGAUUCCUCUGUAAAACUUCAAAAGGUUAAGCUAGAUACUUUUUCUCAUGAUUUUGAGUAAGGAAGUUAAUUGCAAUAUGUUGAAAAACUGGAGUGUGAGCAUAUAAAAUACAAAUACAAUUUUUUCACUUAAGAAAAGUACGUUGCUAAUAUCAACAUAAUUAAAUUCAUCAGAUUUCUUCAAAAUGCAUUUAAAAGAAGAAAUGAAAUACUAAGAAAUAGUGAUGGAAGUGAAGAUAAGUUUUGGAGUCUUUUUAAGCUUUUUUUGUAAUAGAUGUUGCUAAUUCAGUCUAAAAAUUAAAAUUUAUAAGUUUUACUUCACUUUUUCUUUUUGUUGUUUAACGAAGAAAAGCUUAAAAUCAAAGAAAAGCAAGAAAAAUUCUUUAUUUUCUCACCUUACUCAAUGUUUUAAAAAAGUAAAAUUAAGAAAGAUAAGGUAAUUAACUAAUUAAAAGGAAAGGCACUGAAUUUUGAUUCAUAUAAUCUUGCCUUCUUCGAUUUAGAUCUGGUAGAGCAUGGAAUGAAUUACAUAUUUAGUUAUGAUAAAUUUUACUUUCCUCACUUUAAUGAGUUUUAUUUCUAGGAUUUUAAAAGCGAAUAAUUAGGAGAAAAUGGUGUGAGUGGAGAUGUCCUUUUUUUAGAAAAUAUGAACUAAUUAAUUGAAAUCAAAUAAGUAGAACAAGCUUUUUUACCAUUGAAGAUAACUAUCUCAGACGAUAUUUUAAAAUAAAAAAACUUGGAUGAAUUUACAUUACUUUAUUAUUUAAAUAGAGUUCCACCAUCAGCAAUCUUACUUAAAAACAUGAGCAUUUAGUUUGUAAAAAGUUGGUACGUCAUAAAUUACUAUGCACCUCUUUCAUAUAAUACAUAAAUAGAAGUAGAUUUUGAAUUGAUUGAGAAUACUUCUAUAGGAAAUUAUUUGACACUCAAUAGCUAUAAAAUGAUAGUUCAGAAUUAUCGUGAGAAGUCUUUCUCAAGCUACAUUAAAUAUUUCAUAGGUCAAAUAGGAUACUUCAUCUUUAGUAUAUUCCAAACUCAGCCCAUGCAAUUCAGAUUUGAUCAUUCUGUUAUCUUACUUGAGAGACAGUUUGGCUCAAUACAAUAAGCAAGGUUUAAUUUACUUAGAUUCCUCUUUCCUAUUUAUCAGUUUGUCUGCAUAUUUGGAGUCAUUUUCUUUUCAACUUACAAUUAAAUAGCUUGCCAUUAAGGUAUCUCUUGGUAUUCUUAUAUAAUGUACGGUGUAUAUGGAUUGCUUACAUUUAUUAUUGAAGCAGAUUUAUUCGUCCUCUGCCUUGAAUUUGUCAAUCACCUUAUCCCUGAAUUCAAACCUGAUUGUUAAACCGCAUUUCCAAAUAAUUACAUAAACUCCACAAAAUAAUUUUUGAUUGAUUUGAAUUGGCUAAACACUUGGUACUUGAAUUACUCAAUUUCUUUCAUAUAAAGUUAAAUAACCAGAUUCGACUAUUUUACAGAUAUUUCUUUUUUGUAUUCUUUGUACACAUGCGAUGAGCGAGUUCUUUUUUGGAUUUCUUUUACAGCUCUAUCUAUUCACUUAUUAUUCAAUGUGAUUUUGUACAUAUUAACAUUUUCAGGUGAAUCGACAUAUGGAAAAUUAGUUACUGGUCGUAUAGAUAAACUCUAUCAGAUUUGCAAUUUAGUCUAAUUUUAAGCAGUUGCAGAAGUUUUAAAUAUUAUUUCUCCAUCAAAUUCAAUAACUUACAAAAAAAGGAUGUACAAUUAAAAAAUAGUAAGCACAUUUAUAGGCAUCUUAUUUGAAAAUAUUCCUUAAAUCAUCAUUCAAAUAAUUUAUUUAGCUAAAAACAAUACUAUCACAAUUAACGUUUUGUUUUCUAUUAUAACUUCUUGUUUGAUGUUUGUGAUAAAUCUUUAUAAAUUCCUCACAGUAGUUCCAUCUCGUCUGGGCUAAGAAGACUUUAAUGCAUUAAACACAAAAAAGAGAAAUUAAGUACUCCCUGUAUAUCAAAAGAAGCUAUAAGAGUAUGAGUCUAAUCUUCUUAAGUAUAAUUUAGUAGAGUAGCUGAAAUGCAUAAAGUCAACUCUUUACUACAAAAGUAUCCUAGAGAAAAAUUUUAACUCAAUAUCUGACAUCCAUAAAGAGAUUCAGGUAGCUAAAGAUUUAAGAAGAUUUUAGCAUAAUUUGGAUUUGAUUGAUUAUUUCUUUUAAAACAAAAUAUUUAUCGAUAAACAGGAGUAGCUAGAAGAAUUCAAAUAAAAAUAUGAAAAUCUAUUAAAUAAUGAAAUUACUUCAUAAACCUAAUUAGAAAAAGAAGAUAAAUAAAAUAAAAAUACUCACGGCAUAAGUCAUUUUAAACCAUCAAUCUAAUUAAAUAAUAAUAAUCAUUAAGCAAAUAAUAGUCAUUAUUAACAUAUUCAUGAAGAUCUCAAAGAUACAACUCAUUUAGUUAAUAAAAAGUUAGAAAUGCCUCACGAUCAAUCAUCAGCAUAUUUGAAUAAAUCAAAUCAGAUUCUUCAUAACAAUAACAAUUAAAAUACAUUUAAUAACAACAACCACUAAAAUCAUGAUUAAACUAGCACAAAUAACCAAAAUAAAAGUAUAUCCACUCAUCCAGUAUUCAUCCAUAAAGCAGAAAAUCAGAACUCAAGUACUAAACCUAAUCACCCAGCGACUCAAUCGAAAGCAUAAGCUAGUAAAAAAAAAUGA